AUGAUCGAAUCUGUAGGAACAAAAUUGUUUAAGUCAAUCACAAAAACAGCCGAUGAACUUGGAGGACGAUUCGAAAUCGCUUUUACGAAUUUUUCUGAUAAAAUUACAAGGGAUGCCGAUGUAUUGGUUGUGCAAUUAACAUUUUUAUCAAAUCUUAUAAGUAUUGUACUUUGCGUAUUAAUCGUACUUCUCCUUAUCAUAAUUUUCAAGUUUUUUACGCUUGGCGUAUUAUAUGUAAGGAAAAAUUGGUAUAAACGUCAUUUACGAGUCUCAAAACCACACUUUCUCAUCCUUGCGACAGCUAUAACAUUAGAUGAUGAAAAAAUGAAUUCAGCAAUAUUCACAAAAUCUAACACUCUACAAGUAGCAGUUCAGCUCCAAAGUAUUCUAAAUGACAAAGCAAAUGAAUUUUUGGUCAAAUCUCACAAGAACUGA